UCUUUCACCAGCGCCUCUACCGGCCGGGUAGCGUACCUCGGCGAGCUUGCCCGGCCGGUAGGCACAAUUCGUCUUUCACCACGAGUUACCAGCUGGGCAGUGAAGCUACCAAGGUGGUAACUUUACUGGGUCGAGAUUCGGGCUAGUAAACGCUUACCGCAGAGGUAAACAGAGAAAAUCGCCAAGAUGAACGCCAUAAUAGAGGCUGCUCUCAACAUCGUAUUUGAAAGCGACGACGAGGAGGAAAAUCUUGAGCGAGUUCCACGUCCAAGGUUCAUUCGUGAUAGAUUGGAACAUUUUACUGACAUGGAUGACAAAGAUUUUAUUCGAAGGUUUAGAUUUACGAAAAGAGGCUGUCUUCAUGUGUUGGAACUGAUUGAAGAGAGGUUAGAAUAUCCAAGUGACAAGAACUAUGCAGUUUCCCCAAUAAACCAGCUGCUCUUGUGCAUGAGAUAUUACGCAACUGGCUACACUCAAAUCUGUGCAUCGGAUUUUAACGCCCUGAGCGAGGCAACAGCCCACAGAAUUAUCCACAGAGUCACAAGAGCUAUAGCGUCUCUUUACAGACAAUUUGUUUAUCUUCCUCGAACAGAACAGGAAAGUCUUGAAACGCAAGCCGGCUUUUAUAGCAUCGCCCGUUUCCCUCGAGUCAUUGGAGCUAUGGACUGCACACACGUCAAGAUUCGCUCUCCUGGUGGUCAAUAUGCAGAAUACUACAGGAACAGAAAAUCAUACUUUUCCCUGAAUGUGCAGGCAAUUUGUAAUUCCAAGUUGGAAUUUUCAGAUGUUGUUGCCCGUUGGCCAGGCAGCGUCUUCGACCAAACUAUCUUUGACAGUUGCCGGCAAAGGGCUAAAUUUGAGGCAAAUGAUUACAGAAAUACCUUUCUCCUGGGUGAUGGAGCAUACGCCUGUCGAACAUAUUUAAUGCCUCCCAUGGACAAUCCUGUGGAACCCGAAGAAAUUCUAUAUAACGAGUCCCAAAUCAGGACCAGAAACCCAGUUGAACGCAUUUUUGGGGUUUGGAAAAGAAGGUUCCCUGUCCUUGCAUUGGGUAUAAAUGUAUCCCUGGAAAAUUGCAUGCCGAUCAUUAUUGCCACUGCAGUACUGUUUAACAUAUUGAGAAGAGCUAAUGACCCCCAACCAGGUGAUGACCCAGCGCUCCGUUUGCCUGCCCCAUGGGAAGCUUUGAUAGAACGGGGCCAAAUUAUGAGACCUUAUGUCGAGCAUAAUCGUAAUGGCCGGAGAUUGACUGAUUUACCAAGAAGACAACUCAUCAAUGAUUACUUCAAAACUUUGGUUGAACUUCAUCCCUAGCAAUAUUUUGUUCUGUAUAAUUGAGAAAUUCUAGAUGUGGGAUGAAUAAAAAAAUUUGUAAUGGAAUUUGAAUCUUAUUAUUUAUUAUUAAUACAACAACAUACUUUGUACUUUGUUUUGGGGCACUUUGUACUGUGUCGGUUAACAAAUAAUAAAAACUAGAAACAAAG